AUGGACCCUGACGCCAACGUCUAUGGAGACCACAGCGUCUACAACAGCAACGACAACGAAGGAGCUGCCCAGACAUUUGGCUACACAGGAGUCAACCAAAAUGCUAAUUCAUACGACUGGACCAUCCAUCAACCAAACUUCCUAGCCGGCGAGCAACUUGCAAGUCCUUUGCCACGGCAGCAGUUCACACACCCUUUCCACCAACUUCCUCAAGCUGCUAAUUUCAACGACCCAAGCUACGCACAGCAACAGAUGCUGUUCCAACAAAUCCCACCAGCAGCCAACCCCUACGAUCAGAACUAUGCACAGCAACCCGCUUCGUUCCACCAGCUCGGUUUGACGGAUCUCGACGUGCACCGUACGUGCCGUGAGACAGAGGCACGAGACCGCGGAACCAUUGCUCGGCUUAGAUACAAUGUACAGAAUCUCCAGAACUAUAUCCGACUGAAGGAAGAGGAGCACGAGCUGGAGAUCAGAGCACUGAACGAGCGCAUCGACCGUCUCGACAUCCACAUUCAACGACAACAACCACAACCACAACAGAUCAACUACGGCCUUCACGCUCCCCUGCAACCACGGGCUCCUGGACUCAUACCCAUGGGCGGUCCCCAAGUCCCAGCCGCAGCCCACGAACGUCUUCCACAACCAACAUACCCUGUUGGCCCUCCUCAUCCUCAACCACCGAUCAUUGACCUCGAUGCCGACGAGGCUGACACUCCGGACGACGCAGCGACACCAGGUAAACGUGUCAAGCGCUCCCACACGACAAUGACAUGGUUGGAUCCACCUGUCAGCGAUGCGUUGAAGCGGGCGACCGGCUGGCUACCAGAAGUGUCAACAGUGAUCAACCCGAGACGGACUGUGUCUGCACCGGUCACCACUGAGCCCAAUGAGACCGAGGACGACGCCGAGGCCGACUUCCUUGCGCACUGGGAUGCUGCGGAGGAGACUGGGCAUCAGAACGUUGAAGAGACUGAUCAUCACAACGCUGAAGAAACUGAGUAUCACAACGCUGAGGAGGAAUGA